AUGGCCCAGCUCCUCCAUCUCGCAGCAGAGACCAACAGCAGCGUUCUCCAAUAUACACUCCUCGCCCUGGCCGCCCUCGUCGCAGCUCUCCGUCUCCUCAUUCGUCCAUUACUCCCCCACAUCUGCAUGGACGAUCUCGAACGCGUUAUUCGUGACACCAAGGACAUCUUCGACAAAGCGCAGGAAGAGCAUUUAUUGCACCAUCGCGCUACGAGGCUGGAUAUCCAGCUGCGGCUGUCGAGAGCGCAGAAAGAGGAGUCGCACCUUCGCUCUCGAGUCCUCCACGAACAUGGACUUAAUUGCUCAACGCGUGAAUACCUGUUCAUAUUCAGCAAUCUCGCGUGUCAGCUCCGCAGGUGUAGACGAGAGGUCAAGACCAUCCAGUUAUUUAUCUUGAAACAAGUGGAAGACGCGAAACGCGGGCUCCAUUGUGAACGCGUCGAGGAGCUUGCGGCCGUACUUUCAUCGGAAAGGUUUCGGUCUGGUUGA